AUGGCUCACAGCCUAUCCGAACAGUGCACACCGCUGAAGCGCGAAUACGACGCGUGCUUCAACGCCUGGUUUGAGGGCUACCUCGAGCCCGCCGUCUCCACCUCCGCCAGGCCAGAGGAGCGGCAGAAGUUCGCGCAGGAGAAGGCCGCGGAGUACGAGAGGAACUGCGGGAAGUUAUGGGUGCAGUACCGCGAGUGCGUGCAGAAAGCGGUGAAGGACAGGGGCCUCGAAUCUUUGCUCGAGCAGGCACGGACGGAGAAUCCACUGAAAGAUGCGCCGCCCGCACCACCGGCAGAGUCCUCAUAG